AGAAAACAAUUAUAAAUAUGAAAAUAUCGGGAACUCAGUUAGGAUUUUUAUUCGUCGCCAUCUUGCUCAAAAGCAAUGCGGUUUCUGCAUUAGUCUCGAUCGAGGCGCCAGUAGAAGAGUAUUGGGGAGUGCGUGAUGAUGCCGAACUCCAAAUCCAGGCCAAUGUAACCACAGACGUCGAUUGGGGUAAUGUAACAGUAAUAGUGAAAACUCCUGACAACAGAGCAUUUCCAGCAAACACUGAAGAUGGUACGGAUUCUACAUCAAGGCUUUACACUUACGCCAUCAAAUCAUUAUUUAAAGCAGACGCUGGCGUGUAUACAUUCACAGUGGAAGAUUCAUCUACCGGAGUGACAGAUAAUGCAACAGUUACUGUAUACAUAUACACCGUUGACGUGUUACCAAUAUCAGCUAGUCAUCACGUUGUCGAUGGUCAAAGCAGACUUAAACCUCUGCUGAUACCGAUAUAUGUCUCAACCGAUGGAGACUGGGGCAAUGUCGAUGUAACUUCAAUGACCCCAAGUGGGAUUAUCAUCUUCGACGAGCUUCAUCGAAACAAGUUUUCCAUUUAUGAGAUUAUAUCAAGUGAACGUUGAUGAUGCGGAACCUGGGAUUUACAAUGUAUCAGUAAAUGAAAUUUUAGGAGGACGGGAGUAUGCACUUUUUUCAACAUCAGAAGUACAAGUGUAUGAGGCAACAUCGCCAGACGAAUAUUUGUACAGAAUAGCUGAAAACAGAGUCAAUAUAUUGAGCACCGUUUCCGAUUUUCAUCAAUAUUGGUACGAUGGGCCAGAUGACACCUAUAUAUUGGACGGUGGUAAUGAUAUGUAUGACAGGGGAAAUUAUAUCACCAUAUCAUCGGGCAACUCUGUCACUUCAAACGUGCCGUAUGGAAAACCAUUUACAACUCCAUCGUACCUAUUUUCAUCAAAAACAACGUAUCCGUUCACAUCACUAAUGUGGAUUUCAAAUGUCAAUGGAGUCGAGGAUAUUUUUUCAAUGAAGGUAUCAGGUAAAACAGGUGCGUUUGGCACCGGGAUGACUUCACAAUUCAGUUCGUCGUUUACACAUUCGGGGUACAAUGUUUGGUAUAAAACGUUUCAAGUUUACGAUGCUUCUCCUGAUCCAAGUAUCUGCGAAGUUUAUUUCUACGUCACAAACGAAGAGCUUUGGGCUUCCGUUCCUCCAACGUCUGUCAACCUUACAGUGGCCAGUGCCUCGACUAUAAACUUGGAUAACACCUUUAGUGUAUCAGGAGGACCACAAAACAUUAUGAUUGGAUAUCUACUACUUUCCAAUUCUUAUGGUAACGAGACACUGCAGUCAGAAGUCAAUCCUGUAAUGCAUAAAAUAACAAGCGUGAUAGAGGAGAAAGAUGCAUUUACAAUAAUGGCAGAAGAAGACGAAAUAGAAUUGGAAAUGGGCGAAGAGAGUGCAACCCUAUCUGUGACGAUAACCAGCCUCGGAAAUUGGAAUGGUUACGAUGUAACGCUUGAAACACCCUUGGGUGAAGUUUACAACGUGACCAACUAUACAGACAACGAUAAUGCGCGCGUUUACAGCUAUUCUUUGACAUCGCUGACCGAAUCCGACUCGGGAAUGUACAUAUUUCAUGCAACUGAUAAAUACAAAUAUGCUCUGACGGCUGAAACCAAACUCAUCAUAUUUUCAGCAGAAGUUAUUAUUGCCACCCCCGAGUACUGGGGAGUGACUAAUGACGCUGAAGUGGUAUUGAGCGUGAUGGCGAUUGCUAACAAUUGGACGGAUACAACGGUUAUGGUUCUGAGACCAGAUGGAUCUGUCCACGAAGCGAUUGCGGAAAGCAACACUGGAGUUAUCAGAACUUUCACCCAUCGUGUUACAAACCUGUUUGUGGAAGAUGCUGGAGUUUAUCAAUUUACAACUCAAAGAAAUGGACUCGUUUCAUCGAGGCCUGGAAAUGUCACUCUUUAUUUGUUCUCCAUUGAAAUUUUACCGGAUUCCUCAAGCUCGCACGCAAUUACAAAAGAAACUAAAGCAACCCUAAUGGUAUACGUUGCUUGCGAUGGAGAUUGGGCAAACGUUCAAGGAAAAGUCACAACACCGUCAAAGGACGUCAUUGACAUGUAUAGUGAACCUGGAGCGGUGCCCAGCGUUAAAGCAUAUUUAGCCAACGUCACUGACGUCACAGCGGGACAGUAUGACAUUGUGAUUACAGAGAGCCUCGGUGUAAGAACAGAGUCGAAAUAUUCCAGGGAAACCAUUACAGUUCACAAUUCCACUCAUGUUGACGAAUACUUAUACAGAAUUGGUUUGGUCACUGAUGAGAUAAGAGGUUACAUUCCAGAAUGGAAAGACUAUUGGUAUGAUGGGGUCGAUAAUACGUACAUUUCUGACGGAGGUUUCGAUAUGUAUGACCGAGGAAAUUACAUUUCGUAUUCGUGGAUGGAAAAUAAUCUGGCCGGAAUGGAAACCCGCAUACCAUAUGGAAAACCUUUUAAAUAUGAAUCGUUCGAAUUUUCGUCAAAAGCAUUUUAUCCCUUUGUUACUUUGAUGUGGAUUGACAAUAGUAAUCAAAUUGGGUCCGAUUAUUCAAUAACGGUCGAAGGGAGAGCGGGCGCAGCUUUCGAUUCGGUGGUAAACCAAUACACACGUAUUUUGUUUGAAGGAACGUAUGACGUCACAUAUAAUGUUUUCCAUCUUAAUGGAACUUCAGAUCCGUCUAUUUGUGAAGUCUAUUUCUUGAUUACAAACACAUUCCAUUGGAAUUCUGUAGCACCAUCCUCUUUUCAUAUUCAUGCAGCCGGUGCUUCUACUGGUAUGCUGGAAAAUACAGUUCACAUGGGAGGUAGUCCAAGUAACGUCAUGCUUGGUUAUACUUUGCUGUCGAAAGCAAAUGGUGCUGAAGUUACCUAUCUUGAUGUUGAAAGAGUCUUGGAAAAGUACGUCGAUAUAAUUGCUGAAAGGGACCAAUUCGGUAUUCGAACGACAUCUGACGACGGGUAUUACGUUUCAACAUCUGGCGAAAAUGCCACCGUACAAGCAACAGUCACCACAAGUGGGAAAUGGAACGGAAUAAACGUUGAAGUCACUCUACCAUCGGGCCAAAUAAAACCGGUCACAGAUUAUACACUAGAUCCAAUUCACACAAAGAGAAUUUACGAGUAUCACAUAAUUGGAGCUAGAUCUUCAGAUAUUGGAGAUUAUUCGUUUGCUGUCACAGACAAGUAUGAUGAAUUAGAGACAACAGCUGGUUAUUUGCACGUAUUUACCACGGAGAUUCUACCUACUUCGGAGUCUGAAUAUGUGGGUGAUUCUGGCGACACAGUGACAAUGGAGAUAUUUGUCCGCACCGAAAACACAAAUCUUGGCAUGUUGAACGUCGAAAUCGAAACACCAAAUCUUGGCGCCGUUCCAGUGACGGACCGGACAACAGAUUCGACCAACAUUAUUACGUACCGAUACGAAGUGGUAAACCCAACCCAUGAACAAGAUAAUGGUCUUUAUAGAUUUCAUGUUGUGGAGAACUUCGAGACAUAUACUGAUGAAAGCACAUGGGAUGUAACGUUAGAUGUUUUCUCUGUAUCAUCGUCAAUUGAAACACCAAGCUACACCACAAAUAUGGGAGCUGAGACCUUGCAAAUAUCUGGAUUGAUUUCAACUUUGGGAAACUGGGAAUUUGUAGACGUGACUAUACGCACACCAGCACGUGGAACGCCAGAAGUGGCUGCUUAUGAAUUGACUGAAAAUCCCGCUACUAGAAUUUACAUUUACACUAUGAGAGAAGUUACGUCUAGAGAUUCGGGAGCGUAUCAGUUUGUUGCCACCGAAACUAUCAACAAUGAACAGCGAGUAACUGAAUCGGAAUCCAUAGAAGUCAUAGUAAAAGAGGAAAAAUUAUCUGGUGGAGAGAUAGCGGGAAUUGUUAUUGGAUCUAUUGCAGGAGCAGCAAUUUCAAUAGGAUUACUUGUUUACUGCUGCAGGAGGGGGAAUUCCAAAAGUGAAAAGUCAUCAGUUCCACUCAACGACGACGUAACAGCUCCGGUAAAAGAGAAGUCACCUGAAAACACAGAGAAGAGUGUUGAGAAGAAAGAAAAAGAUGAUGAUGUAACUGCUCUUUAGUCGGUUAUAACAAAUGAAACAUUUUUUCUUCUGACUUGUUGGUGAAAAAAACAUGUUUAUUGAUAAAAAAGGUGACGAAAUAUGCAUUGUUUUAUGGACUCAUAUCUCGCCUUGUUCAGGAUUUUAGUUAUUGUGGAAAGUCAAUAUUUCUGUGGUUAUUUUGUUUUUCAAUUUGUUAUCACUUAACACUAAAUUAUACGAUUUAAUAUUAAUUUCAAUAGCAAUAAAUUUUACGCUUCUU